GAUUGAUUAUCAAAACUCGCUGGCUAUUCUGAGGCUUUCGAAAAAUGUGUAACCACCAUUAUUAAUGAUGUAGCGGAUUGUCCCUCUUUACUGCUAUGAGUGGUCUUUUUCAGUGGUAUUGGAGCAGUGGUAUUUGAAGUUUAUCUUCAUCUACGAACAUGCUGGCAGCGAGGUCCCAGUCUUGUAAUUACAAUUUUAACGUCAUGGAACCUCUUCUCGCUUGCAAUUCAACGCUCUGUUACUUACAACGGGGAGUACAACGAGGUAAUUUCUAUGAAUAACUUGAAUGGAAUUGCUAAAAGAUUUGGCGAUAAAGAAAACUUUGAGCAUACUCAGAGAUGUGACAGGCAAAAUUUGGAUUUUAAUCGGCAGUACUCUAUUUACAAUCUUCCUCCUAAUCGAAAAUGGUAAGUCGGCGUCUGACAUCCUCUGUGAAGGAGAAUUCAACGACAAGGAUGAGAACCUCAUCAGCAAGAAGUGUUAUUUUGAAUACCAGAAAACAUACAGCAAACUCCCCUUGUAUGCCUUCGUCCUCAUCAAUUUCUUCACUCUCGCAAUCGGCCCUAUUAUUUACUCAAUUCUCCUCCAAUUCAAGGUCAACAAGCUCCAAACCCAUAACCAAAAUGUCGAGGCACAGCUUCAGCAAAAUCGAAGAAGAGGUCUUUUUAACGCGUACUGUUGCCAGCUAGCCGCCACAAUUGUUUUGGCGACUUUUUUUAUCAUCGUAUUGCAGACUCGCGCUUUUCGUGCGAGUACCAAUUUUCCGUCGAAUUUUAACUGUACUCUUUCGAAUCAAGGUUCCAAUUCCUCGGCGUUUUCAUCCGCAUACGGCUCACUGACAAAAACUGAUAUUUAUACGUGUCAAAAUACACGAGCAACUGAGAAAUCCAAGGGGAGUAUUGCCUUGACUUUUUUCAAUGGAUUCUGGGCCAUUUUCGCAUUAAUUGAACUCGUCUGGAUCUUUUCAAGGGCAAGGAAUGGUCUGCAGUUCAUGUAUGACCCUCGAUUUUAUGCUGAUCAUUUGAGAUCCAACCGAGAGCAAGAGCAGCGGCAACAACAGCGGCAACAACAGAGUGAAGAAACAGGACUUCUUUCCGGUCUUCGAUCUGAACAACAAGCGGAACUGCAAGCGAAAUUGGAACGUUUAAAGGUCUGUAUACAAAUACGCACGGAGCGACUUGAAGAUCUGAAUCAACCUAUUCUAACUCGACCAGGAGAAGGCUCAAAACCUAAAGAUCUAGAGCUCGAUUCAAUUUUUGUUAAGUUGGUAAUCCAUGAUCGUAUAGCGAACUAUGACUUUCCUGAAGAUAGAUGGGAACAACUCAGAGUAUUCCCAAAACCGAAAUCGAAUCAGUCUGAAUAUGUACCUUGGCAAGAUAUCAUUGAUGGUAAUAACAAACGUAUUCUUCUUGUUGGACGUCCAGGCAUUGGUAAAACAAUCUUAUCCACUAAGCUGCUUCGAGGGUCUGCAUUCAAUGGGUUCAAGUACCAGAAUUUUGAUGUUGCAUUCCUUGUGAAAUUUAGGCACUAUAACUCUAGAGGAGAGGACCUUGAUCUUCGCAAAUUGCUGUCUUGCUCACAAACAGAAAGCCAACAUCUGGAUGAUGAGGUCUGGAACUACAUUAUCACUAACCCAACCAAAGUUCUGUUAAUUUUUGAUGGAAUUGACGAGUUUAAUGCCAGGUCAGCGAUCUCCAAUGAUGACUCGCGUUUCAAUGACUCAAAGGAAGUGAAAAUGCCUCUCCAUUGUCUCUACAAAAAAAUAGCCUCUGGAAAACUUCUUAAGGGUGCCACUGUUAUUACCACAUCGCGACCAACUGCUUCCUCAUGUGUUAGACAGCUGAGAUUUGACAAAGUAUUGGAAAUUCUUGGCUUUACAUCUGAAGAAAUUGAAGACUAUGUGACGAGGUUUACCAAAGAAGACCAGAAUCCCGAAACCGAAAAGAAAGCAAUAUGGCAACACAUCAGCACCAACUUCAUUCUCUUUACUUUGUGCUAUGUUCCGGUGAACUGUUUUAUCAUUUGUUCCUGCUUGUCAUGGUGGCGUUCCCGUGGCAAAAGUUUACCUACAAAGCUUACUAAGAUAUACAGUACAGCGCUUAAGAUUUUCUACUUCAGACAUAAUGAUAAAUAUCGCAUGAGUGAAGAAGCCCGUGAUCAGCUUUUUUUAAAACCAUUUCACGAGUUACCCACUGAUUGUAAAAAGGAAUUUCAAAAACUAGGAAAACUUGCUUUUGAUGGAAUUAAAGAAGGAAGACUACUUUUUACUUCAGAAGAAGUUGAAGGACUAGAGGAUUGUGGAUUGCUCCAUCGUUUACCUGACCUGCCUAGCCAGGAGGGACUUGAUGAGGACAAAGCUCAAUACUGCUUCAUUCACCUUACAUUUCAGGAAUUCCUUGCUGCUAGGCAUGUGGUUGAUACCAAGACAGAAGCCCAAGCAUUGGAAGAAUUUAUCGAUGAUCACAUCAAUGAAGGUUCAUGGCAAUUAGUGGUACAAUUUGUGGCUGGAUUAUUAGUUGACACUGAUGAAGUUAAACAACUGCAAUUUAGCAAAAUUUUGAUGAAGCUUCUUCCCAUGUCAACUUCUAAAGUAGGAGGUCAACUGGGACUGCUAGAUACAGAGUGCUUGAUGACCGAAAAACCAACUGUAUCAAUUCGUUGGCCGCAUGGUGAAAGUGAAACAAAUUUAGCUGUGACCAUAUGUAAAUGUUUAUACGAGCUAGACAUAAAGCAGGAAUCUUCCAUAACAAGUAAAAUGGAAGAAAUGUCUUUUGAUGAGGUGUGGUUUGGUCGAUGCAAACUAGCACCUGCCGACUGUACAGCAAUUUUACAUUUGCUUAAAAAUCGUGAUGAAAAAUUCACGCUGCAUUUGGGAUUUAACUUCAUGGGUGAUUUAGGUUGCAUGGAAAUUAAAAAAUGGAUUGUUAAAAGUAAUUGCGUGGAGUUGGACUUGACUCGUAACAAUAUAGGAGAAAAAGGAGUAGAAUACUUAUGUGAUACACUGAAACUUAAAAAUUGUAAUCUCACUGUGCUAAUCCUGGAUGGUAAUCACAUCGGAGACAAAGAAGCAGAACUCCUGAGUACUGCAAUUAAAGAUGGAAAUUGUAAACUAACUAGGCUCCACCUGAAUAGAACCAAAAUUGGAGUCAAAGGAGUAGAACACCUGAAAGAUGCACUAAAAUGUGUAAAUAAUCUCACCGAGUUAAAGUUGGCUUGUAAUGACAUAGGAGACGAAGGAGCAAAAUACUUAAGUGAUUCACUGAAAUGUGAACAUUGUAAACUCACUGUGCUAAACCUAAGACAGAAUCGUUUAGGAGACAAAGGAGCAGAACACCUUAGUAAUGCACUAAAAGAUGUAAAGUGCAAACUCUCUGCACUGAACUUAAGAAAAAACAUUAUAGGAGCAAAAGGAGCAGAAGUCCUGAGUGAUGCACUGAAAGACAAAAAUCGUUACCUCACCAUGCUAGACCUGGGAGAUAAUAAUGUAGGAGACAAAGGAGCAGAACUCCUGAGAGAUUCACUAAAAGAUGCAAAAUGUGAACUCACUAUGUUAUGCCUGGAUUUUAACAAGAUAGGGGACAUUGGAGCUAAACACCUGAGUGAUGCAAUUAAAGAUAGAAAUUGUAAACUAACUUUGCUGCAACUGGGCAAAAACAACAUAGGAGACCAAGGAGCAGAAUACCUGAGUAAUGCAUUGAAAUGUAAAAAUUGUAAACUCACUGCGCUAAGCCUGUUACAGAGUAGUGUUGGAGACCAAGGAGCAGAAUACCUGAGUGUUGCACUGAAAGAUAGAAAUUGUAAACUUACUCUGCUAGACCUGGAAUCAAAUGCUAUAAGAGACCAAGGAGCUAAACACCUUCGUGAUGCACUAAAAGAUAGGGAUCGCAAACUCCCUAGGCUGAAGCUGAGACUGGGAGGUAACCAUAUAGGGAAAAAGUAGCAGAACAACUGGGUGAUGCAUUUAUACACCUUGGUUAUGAGUUAUUUUUGAAACAUUAAGCAUUUAGCCUCCCUUUAUCUCUGUAUCAGUGGCAACAUCUUUACUAUUUAUAAUUGUAGGAAAUA